AAAAACGGCGCGGCGGGAGAGGCAAGGGAAACCAUACGUAACGACGUAACGCGCACCGGUACGCAUCGUUCGUGUCGUACGAUUAUCGUCGCGCGCGCCGAAUCCGAGUCGUCAUUCUCAUCGGCGAGCGGCGCCUAGUCGGCCGACAUUAGUUCGCGGCUUCCCGACGUUCCUCUCCAUUUUCCCGCCACCCUGCUUCCUAGUGUAUUGCGGUACUCUCUCUCUCUCUCUCUCUCUCUCUGUCGUUCUCGUCGGUAAGAGACAAGCACGCGUCGCACACAUAGACGUCAUCGUGCGUACACGAACUGCACGCAUCAUACAAGUUCGGGAGCGCGCACGCUGCGUCUCGGUUUCUCUCUCCCGGCGCGGUUGAUCGUAACCUCUCGUUUUCCUCGCCGGCACACCUCUCUGUACUUCUCGUCCACUGGGUAGACGAGAUCGGUCCUCAGUGGUCAAGUCAGUUUGGUUUUGGUCAAGAUGGCCGAGAAGAUCGGUUCGCCGGCCGUCGCGACCCCGGAACAGCAACAGCAGUCGCAGUUCCUGUCGAACUUCAUCGCCGAGAUCGUCAAGAGUCCAUUGAACCUCGCCCUCGUGGGCGUGAUCGCUAUCCUGGUCUACAAGAUCGUCAAGAGCCGUACGCGGACCGAAGAGCCCGUGCAGGAAGUGAAGAAGCUGCCGAAGCUACGCCGCGAUUUCGCGAUCGAGGAGCUGACCAAGUACGACGGCAAGGGCGCGGACGGUCGGAUACUCGUCGCCGUCAAUGGCAGCGUGUACGACGUCACCAGAGGCGCCAGGUUCUACGGCCCUGGUGGACCCUAUGAGACAUUUGGUGGUCGAGAUGCCAGUAGAGCACUUGCAAGGUUUGAAGUGGCCGCAGCGACGGAUAAAUAUGACGAUCUAAGUGACCUGAACACUACAGAAAUGAAUUCUAUCCAUGAGUGGGAAGAACAAUUCAAAGAAAGAUACGAUUAUGUUGGGAAAUUAUUAAAGCCUGGCGAAGCACCGACAAAUUAUUCCGAUGAAGAGGAUGAAGGUAGUCAACGGGAGACUGAAACAAAAUCAGAAAGCUAUGAUGCAGAGAAAAAAGCGGAUCAUAGCGAGACCACCGAAAAAUCAAAGAGCGAUUGACCGCAUGAUCGUAUAUUGGAGGCAGAACUGUUACAGGAGCACACUACGCACACGCUGUUGUUACAGAAAUCUUUGAAAUUGUCGCUCAUGAAUAUAUUUCUGGACGUUCGGCCGAAUAUUUUAUUACUUGGUAACGGUAACCGGAUAAAGAAGCGAAACGCCGGCUUUUAAUAUCGCAUUGGAAAUACACAAAACACAUUUCCGAAAAAGCUGGUAGUUAUACUACGUGAAGACUUUAUUUGGGCGUACAGUUCGCCGAUCAGCGUGCUGACGCUCGUGUCUUUUAAUGUUUUUAUAUAUGUACAAAAGAUUUUCUACCAAAAACGCUAAGCCGAAUCAGUGGCAUGUAACAACAUACAUAUUCCAUUGUAGAUUCUUGUUGAAUUACUUGUAUUCCGCUGUACAACAUGCGAUGACGGUACGCGCCUGUACUCACACGAAUACAGCGAUAUGAUAAAGCUGACGUUGCAUUUGAAGUUUAGUUUUAAGUCUGCUUUAUGGAAUUUAAGUCCUCUCGCGGUCAUGCAGAAUAGCGAAUUUAAAAAGAGCCACCGAAUUGGGGGAGAGAAAGAUCACACAAACAGGUGCAUACACUUUGAAGUAAUAAGCUUGCAAAUGAUCCGAGUGGCGCUCAUUAAUUCUGACCAAGCUCUAAGAAUAUAGUUAUAUAAUGUUACACUUUUAAUAUAUAAUUGUAUCAGAUAUGUGAUUAUUAUCAAAUAAUGGAAAAUGUACACUGAUUCAGAGGUCUCUCAUUUGCGAUCGUCUCAAUGAGGCAAAUUGCAUUUUUUUCUUUUCGUGUAAAAGUUUUAAUCAUUGAAGUAAAAUAUCGGAAAAACUGAGCAUAACGCGUGCGUCUUUAACAAUUUGUUUUACACAAAUGGAAGUAACAAAUGUAUAAAAUUUUUUGUGGUGGAUUUUAGCAUUGUAAAGUUUUGUUACAAGAGUUCAAUAGAACCGGUAUUCAUAGAUAAUUAAUUUUUGUUUUUAGACAGUCUUAAGUAAUGGCUUGAGAUGUAAAUCGAUAUAUAAAUCUGUUUAAUUUAUAAUAGUUUUGGACGAUCUUAAAUGUAAGAAUGGGCUAUGAAUACCGAUCUAGAAUGUUACAUUUAUAAAUAUUCGCGUACUUCCACGUAGUGUUGUCUCCGACACUGCGGCGCAUCGAUUUAUUAAUGCUGUUUAAUGGCUUUAUUCACCAAUAAAAUAUGGUUUUGAUAAACCGUUAUAUCUGAAAAUAAAUUACGAAUA